UAAAAAAAAUAGAGAAAAUCGCAAAAAGCAAGUAAUUCCUCAUACUGGUGGUUCUAAACCUAUGUCAAGAAGAAGACAUGAGAUGUUUUUGGAAACUGGACAACUGCCUAGUCGGGGAAAGUUAUACAUUGAUACUCCUAAAAGAAAGGAUGUAUCAUUUGUAAAUGAUGCGGCAAAGGCUAUAUCGGAACAAAUUGAAGUGGGUUUGACUCAAAGCACUAAUGAUGAAUCAGAGGUUUCUCCUAAUGAUGUUGUUGGUAGAGUGUUAGGCGCAGAGCAUUCUGGGAGGGUUCGAUGCAUGGGUUUAGGAGUAGCUCCUACUAACUCAUUUAGAAAUACAAGAUUUCAACUUUCGAAUUUAAGCAUUGCUUCAUCUAGUGCUGCCACAUCAUCAACAUCUUCUGAUCAAUGGCAACAGAAGUACACUAAUUUAGAAUCCCAAAUUCAAACCACCUUGGGUGCACUAAAAGCCUACAUGAUAAUGAAGGAAAGAAAGAUCCCUGAUGAAUUAACUGCCUUCUUUGAUCCUCAAUCACAAGUCAGUUAUGUCCAGCCUUUGCAACAUUUAGGGUGUUGAUGAUGUUUUU